AUGCCUCAAACACCGCCAGAGGAUGUCCGUCAUCAGCACGAAGUCGAGCUUGGACCGUCAGAUGCUCAUGAUGAAGAGGGUUACGACUCAGGUGUAGACGAUGCGUCAAGACGUAGUAGUCUCACCUCUCUACGAUCUAGCAUUUUUGAGUUCUACGAAGAGAACGGACGGACCUACCAUUCUAUGAGCGCUGGGAAAUAUUUCAUGCCGAAUGAUGCAUCCGAAGUUGAACGGCUGGACUUGCAACACCACCUUUUCAGAUUGACCUUUGACGACCAGAUAUGCCUUUGCCCAAAGAAAGACGGCGCCAAACGAGUACUUGAUCUCGGCACCGGAAGUGGCAUCUGGUGUAUCGAUUACGGUAAAGCUUCUGGUGCUUCGUUUCCACGCAGAAAGCUAACUGAUUGGGAUGGAAUAGCGGAUCAGCAUCCCGAGGCAGAAGUCAUCGGUGUAGACCUAAGCCCAGUUCAACCGGACUUCAUACCGCCGAAUUGUUCCUUUGAGAUUGACGAUCUCGAAAAGGAAUGGACAUGGUCCAAGAAGUUCGACUUCAUUAUCAGCCGCUUCAUGACAGGCAGCUUCGCCGACAAUGCCUCCAUAGUCAAAAAGGUCUACGACCAGCUGGAACCCGGCGGUUACUUUGAAGCACAGGACAUGGCUCUGCCAAUUGGCUGUGAUGACGGCACCUUCACCGAGGACUCUGGCCUAUGGGUCUGGAUGUCAUGGCUCAUGAAGGCCAUGGAAGCUAUGCAUCGACCUUUCUCAGCUGCACAAAACUGGAAGUCUAUGAUGGAGGAAGCCGGGUUUGAAGACGUUGUCGAGUACAUCUACAAGUGGCCAAUCAAUGGCUGGCCCCGUGACCCCAAGUACAAGAGGCUGGGCCAGUGGGCACUUUAUGACAUGGACCAGGUCAUGGAGGCGGCCAUCUUGGCGCCUCUUACGAGGGCAAUGGGCUGGAGUCAAGAAGAGGUGCUGUUGCUAGCUGCUGACGCGAGGAAGGUGUUGAGAGAUCCGAGGGUGCAUGCUUACUGGCCCAUAUAUGUUGUUUAUGGCCGCAAACCGUUCUCUUCGAAACAGAAGUCGAGUGUCGACAAGACUGCCGCUUAG